GCAGAGCUCCAGCCCCCCCCCCCCCAAAGAGCAGCGGCGGCCGGUGGAGAAAUGGAGGCGCAAUCCUAUUGCGCCAAACUCUUGGGGGAGCUGAAUGAGCAGCGGAAAAGGGACUUUUUCUGUGAUUGUAGCAUCAUCGUGGAAGGGCGCAUCUUCAAGGCCCACAGGAACAUUCUGUUUGCUAACAGUGGCUACUUCCGCGCCCUGCUCAUUCACUAUAUUCAGGACAGUGGGCGGCACAGCACAGCCUCCCUGGACAUCGUCACCUCGGACGCCUUCGCCACCAUCUUAGAUUUCCUCUACUCCGGGAAGUUGGACUUGUGUGGCGAGAAUGUGAUUGAAGUCAUGUCAGCCGCCAGCUACCUGCAGAUGAAUGACGUGGUCAACUUCUGCAAGACAUACAUCAGGUCCUCCCUUGACAUUUGCCGAAAGAUGGAGAAAGAGGCUGCUGUGGCCGCAGCAGUGGCGGCGGCGGCGGCGGCAGCGGCGGCGGCGGCGGCUCAUCAGAUAGACAGUGGAAGUCCAAGCUCAGGACUGGAGGGGACUUCCUGUGGUACCAAGAGCUUUGUCUCCUCUCCAGUCCAGGGGGAAGGGAGUGUGGACUGUAGGAGACCGUCGCCUUGUGAUGACUGCCAUCCCCUGGAGCUGGUGGUGAAAGACAGCCAGGGCUCUGGGACCUCUGACAGUGACCUUUCCGUUGUGCCCAGAGGGGUUGAGCCUAAGGGGGAAUUUGAUGUUGCCAGAGUGGAGGUGGAGGCUGGCGGCGAACGGCUGCCUCAGUAUGCCACGCCGCUGGCCCCUGCGGAGGAAGGCCUGCCCGGUAACCAGGCCUUAGAUUUGACCUACAGCAACUACCACGUGAAGCAGUUCCUGGAGGCCCUCCUGCGCAGUGGCGCUGUCCAGAGCAAAGAUGACCCGGAUCAUCACUUUUCUCACGGUUUGGAGGGCAGGCUGGACGGUGCAGGAAUGGCUGUGAGCUCGGUGAUGGACGUUCAGAAUGACUGGUGUAGAGAGGACUCAGGUGACGUGCUGGUGGUCCCCAUCAAGCUCCACAAGUGUCCUUUCUGUCCCUACACUGCCAAACAGAAGGGCAUCCUCAAGCGGCACAUCCGGUCGCACACAGGCGAGCGCCCUUAUCCCUGUGAGACCUGUGGCAAGAGGUUCACGCGCCAGGAGCACCUGCGGAGCCACGCCCUGAGUGUCCACAGAUCCAACCGUCCGAUCAUCUGCAAAGGCUGUCGAAGAACCUUUACAAGCCACCUGACCCAGGGCCUGAGGCGCUUCGGGCUGUGUGACAGCUGCACCUGUGUGACAGACCCUCCCGACGACGACGAUGACGAUCUGAUGCCCGUCAACCUUAGCCUGGUGGAGGCUUCUUCUGAAAGCCACGAGAAGAGCGACACCGAUGACUGGCCCAUCUACGUGGAGUCUGGUGAGGAAAACGACCCAGCUGUGGAGGAUUCUGACGAGCAGCCGCACACCCGGCCCCGUCUACCAGCCCGAGAGACAAUAACGUAG